AUGCCUAGAUUGGAACUUUGUGCUGCCGUUACGCUGGCAAGAUUGGCUAACGCAGUGAUAUCUAUCUUGAACAUCAAAAUCGAUGAUGUGAAACUGUGGAGUGAUAGUCAAAUUGUGCUGGCCUGGAUAAAGAAGAAUCCAGAUCAACUCCAGGUCUACGUCAGAAACCGAGUGUUGGAGAUUGAUAGAUUGUGUAGUGCCUAUGAGUGGAAAUACGUCAAGUCAGAAGAUAAUCCAGCAGAUCUGGUGUCCAGGGGGUGUUAUCCAGAAGUAUUACGACGUUCAGAUAUCUGGUGGAAUGGCCCACCAUUUUUGCGACAUAUUGACUACGAGAUGCAGGAGACUCUGGUGAUUCACGACGACGAAUUGCCAGAGUUAAAGGCGCAACUAUGUAAUCCAGCAGUCGAGAUUGAGGAUGAACCUGUAUUCCAGCGGUGUGGAACCUUUUCGAAACUCCAACGCGUAUUGGCUCAGGCGGUGAGAUUCACACGGCUUGUUAGAAUGUCGAAAGAGAAUCGUGCGGAUUACAAAUAUAUCUCUGUACAAGACAUACGAAAGGCGACCUUGUACAUAAUACGAGUUCUACAGAAGAGAGAAUUGUGUGAGGAGAUUCAGUGUGUUCAGCGAGGAGAGUUACCAAAACGACUUGCGAAUCUUCAACCUUUCUUGGACGAAGAAGGAUUGCUACGUGUAGGUGGUCGGCUGCAAAAUUCUAAACUUCCGUUUGACGCCAAACAUCAAUUACUUCUUCCGCAAAAUCACCGAGUAACGGAAAUGUUAAUUCGCAAAUAUCACGAAGAGAGAUUACAUGAAGGGCCAUCCGGCCUGCUGGCAGCGAUACGUCAGAAGUACUGGUUGGUCAAUGCUAGAUCUGCCAUUCGGAAGGUGACUCGGAGCUGUGUUAAGUGCUUUAGAGUCAAUCCAAAAGGAGUGCAACCUUUAAUGGGAAAUCUUCCUGAGGAACGUGUGAACAUUGCAGCAGCAUUUGAACUCACCGGAGUUGACUAUGCCGGCCCUGUGGUAGUAAAGGAAGGAAGGUACAAGCCAAAACACAUCAAGGCAUACAUCGCGUUGUUUGUGUGUCUUUCGACGAAAUCAAUCCAUCUCGAGCUAGUUUCGGAUUUGACUACGGAAUCAUUUCUCUCUGCGUUGGAUCGGUUUGUCAAUCGACGAGGGAUGGUCCGUAAAAUAAUGUCGGAUAAUGCAACCAAUUUCGUUGGAGCUUCUAACGAGCUCCAUCAGCUAUUUCUAAUGUUUCGUGACGAGAUCGAAAGAGUGAAAAUCAACGAUUUCUUGCUCAAACGGGAGAUAGAGUGGGAAUUCAUACCUCCUAGAUCUCCAAAUUUUGGAGGAUUAUGGGAAGCAGGAGUAAAGGUUGUUAAGUCACAUCUACAACGAACAUUGAGAAACGCAAUUCUGACAUUCGAGGAGUUUUCUACUGUUCUGACGCACAUCGAAGCUAUAGUCAAUUCCAGACCUUUGUAUGUUCUAUCUGAUGACCCAAGUGAGCCGCUACCGAUAACCCCUUCUCAUCUAAUGUUUGGCAAACCAUUGGAGCCGAUCCAGAAGCCUUCGUACGCCGUUUUGGUCGAGAUGGUCGCGUGA